UUGAGUUAGGUGAUUAGCCCAAACAUGAAGCCACCUUUAAAUUCCCCCUACCCCAUUCCUCUUUCCAAAUACACACUCACCAAAGCUCAAAUUUGCAUUUCCGCUAGAGACUCAUUUCAUUUCUGCAAAUGGGAGAGGAAGAGAAGAAACCGGAGGAGCCCAAGCCGGCGCCCGAGGAGGAGCCGCCCAAGGAUGACAAGAAAGCGGAGGAGCAGCCCCCGCCGCAGGAAAUCGUCCUCAAAGUUUACAUGCAUUGUGAGGGCUGCGCUCGGAAAGUCCGCCGCUGCCUCAAAGGAUUCGAUGGAGUGGAGGAUGUGAUGACGGAUUGUAGGACGAGUAAAGUGGUGGUGAAGGGGGAGAAAGCAGAUCCGCUCAAGGUGUUGGAGAGGGUUCAGCGGAAGAGCCACCGCCAAGUGGAGCUCAUCUCGCCGAUUCCGCCGCCUCCCGCGCCUGAGGAAGCCAAGAAGCCAGAGGAGAAAGAGGCGCCCAAGCCUGAAGUCAAGAAAGAGGAGCCGCCUGUGAUUACAGUGGUGUUGGGAGUGUACAUGCAUUGUGAGGCCUGUGCUCAAGAGCUCAAAAAGAGAAUCCAAAGAAUGAAAGGAGUGGAGAGUGUAGAGCCAGACCUGAAGAGCUCACAAGUGACAGUGAAAGGAGUGUUGGAUGCGGAGAAGCUGACGGAUUACGUGCACAAGAGAACCGGGAAGCACGCCACCGUGGUGAAAGUGGAGGCGGAGGCGAAGAAAGAGGAGGAGAAGAAGGAGGAGAAGAAGCCAGAGGAAGCGGAGAAGGAAGCCAAGAAAGAAGGAGGAGGAGAGAAAGAGAAAGAGAAAGAGAAGAAAGAAGAAGGCGGCGGAGAAGCGGCGGCGAAGACGGAGGCAGCUCCGGCGGCGGCGGAGGGGGAAGAGACGAAGGUGGUGGAAUUGAAGAAGAAUGAGAUGCAGAUGAUGCAGUACUAUUACAACCCAAACUUCUACUACCAGCAGGUGCCGCCGCAGCCGGUGUAUCCGCAGAGAUUUAUGCAGGAAUACCAGCUUGAAUAUCCACCGCCGCAGAUGUUUAGCGAUGAGAAUCCGAAUGCAUGUACCGUGAUGUGAUACCAAGGGUAUAAUUGGGAAUUCAACUUAUAGUGGUGGCCACAUGGGUAUACUGUCCCAUCUUAAUAUGUUGUUCUCUCUCUCUCUCUCUCUUCAUGUGGCCCUGUCUGCCCUCUAAAUCUACAUUACAUACCCCUCUCUUACUUUUA